ACAAUGCAACACACAGCUCGGAGUGACACCCAAAAUCUUCCACGACCAGCAGCCAAGAUGAGGUUUCUAGUGCCUGUGUUUGUUUUCCUCACUGUGGCAGCAGUACACACUGCUCUGUCAGCAUCUCUGGAAUCUGCAGUGAAAGAGGAAACAGUCACUCCAUAUGAUGGGCUAACUGAACUACAGAAAAUAGAUCAGAUGGAGUUUGAAGCCGCUCAAAAGAUCAAAGCUGCUGAGAUGAAUGUUACAGAGCAACAGGGUGAGGAUGCCCGCUACCUUGAGGCUGCCCAGGGUGAAUCUGAGGAAAAGAAUAGUGAAGCUGAGGAGGACAGCACAGCAGAGGGAGGCAGCAACACUGAUGCUGCAGCUCAUGAGGAAUCACAGUCCUCUGAGGAAACAGAUGAGAGACAGAGGCGGGAUCACCAUGAGGCAGUGACUGAGGUUGUGAGCAGUCUGGAUGAUGUCAGUCAGGAUUCAAGCAAGGAACCAGGUGUACUGGAGUGAGAAAAAACAGCAGCAUGCGGAUCCCAGCGCUCAUUCGUCACCCAGUGCCCGAGCUGCACUGAGCUUAUUGUCAAUAAAAAGGGAAUAAUCCCACCUACCUGUACAA